GCCAGGUAGCAGCGACGGCUAUCGUAGAGAGCAUUACAUUAGACGACACAGUGGUAGCUAGUGGGUUAGCUCUGCAGCUAAUCAUGGUGAAUGUAAAGAAGCGGAAAGGUCGAGUCGUUAUUGACUCUGACUCCGAAGACAGCGCAAGUGACGAUAAUUUAGAUCAGGAGCUGCUGUCUUUGGCAAAGAGGAAAAGGGUUGAUUCGGGUGAGCAAGAAGAACCUGUUGGCAAACCAGCAGCUUCCACAGACUCUGAGACAUCUGACAGUGAUGACGAGUGGACGGUCGGUGGCACCAAAGGCAAAAAGAAGGUUAAGCAGGGCAAAGGGUCUGAAAAGAAGAAUGCUACAAAGAAGAAGGUUAAUAAAGCGACAGCGUCUGGUAGCUCAGAUGGGGACAGCUCAGCUGAAAGCUCUGCACCGGAGGAAGGCGAGGUGUCUGAUUCAGAGAGCAACAGUUCGUCCUCCAGCUCUGACUCGGACUCCUCUGAGGACGAGGUGUUCAGGGAUGGUUAUGAUGAUGACUUGAUGGGUGAUGCUGAGGACAGAGCUCGACUUGAGCAGAUGACAGAAAAGGAGAGAGAACAAGAGCUGUUCAACAGAAUUGAGAAAAGAGAGGUGCUAAAGAGACGGUUUGAAAUCAAGAAGAAACUAAAGACAGCAAAGAAGAAGGAGAAGGAGGAGAAGAAGAAAAAGCAGGAAGAAGAGCAAGAAAAAAGGAAGCAAUCUCAGGUUCAAGAUACACAAGUGGUCAUGUCGCACAACAAGGAGAGACGAUCCAAGCGUGAUGAAAAACUUGACAAAAAAUCCCAGGCUAUGGAAGAACUAAAGGCUGAACGAGAGAAGAAGAAAAAUAAAACAGCGGAGUUGCUGGCUAAGCGUCAGCCGCUGAAGACGAGUGAGGUUUACUCUGACGAUGAGGAAGAAGAGGAGGAGGAUGAUGACAAGUCAUCUGUCAAAAGCGAUCGCAGCUCCCGUUCAUCAUCUUACGAUGAAGACGAAAAAGAGGAAACUCCACCAAAGUCACAGCCCGUUUCGCUGCCAGAUGAACUCAACAGGAUCCGCCUGUCCAGACACAAGCUGGAGCGCUGGUGCCACAUGCCCUUCUUUGCUAAGACUGUGACUGGCUGCUUUGUAAGGAUAGGAAUCGGGAACAGCAGCAGUAAACCAGUUUAUAGGGUUGCUGAAAUUGUUGAUGUAGUAGAGACGGCGAAGGUUUACCAGCUUGGAUCAACACGAACAAACAAGGGAUUACAGUUAAGGCAUGGUGGUGACACACGGGUUUUCAGGCUAGAGUUUGUAUCAAAUCAAGAGUUCACAGAAAGUGAAUUCAUGAAGUGGAAAGAGGCGAUGAUUGCUGCUGGAAUGCAAGUACCAACUCUGGAUGAAAUCACCAAGAAGGAGCAAUCCAUCAAAGAAGCUCUCAACUACAAGUUCAAUGAUAAAGACAUUGAGGAUAUUGUAAAAGAAAAGGACAGAUUCCGGAAAGCACCACCAAAUUAUGCCAUGAAGAAAACGCAGUUACUCAAAGAUAAGGCCAUGGCAGAGGAAAGUGGAGAUGGUGAACGAGUGAAAGUGAUCCAGGAUGAACUGAAUGAGCUUGAGGAAAGAGCAGAAGCCCUCGACAGACAAAGGACCAAGAACAUCUCUGCUAUUAGCUACAUUAAUCAGAGGAACAGAAGCUGGAACAUUGUUGAAUCUGAGAAAGCUCUUGUGGCUGAAGGACAAAAUGCCAAAAACCAACAAAUGGAUCCUUUCACACGAAGACAGUGCAAACCCACCAUGGUGUCUAAUGCCAGAGAUCCGUCAGUCCAUGCAGCUAUUCUUGCUCACCUAAACCAGAAAUAUGGCUCUGGUUCAACACCAGACAAUUCAAGUCCAGAGAAGAACAAACUGGGUCAAACAAACCCGAAAGACAAAGAUGUCCCGAAGCCAACCACUGACCUCUCGGAAGACUUGUUUAAAGUUCACGACUUUGAUGUAAAGAUUGACCUACAGGUUCCCAAUGCAGAGGCGAAGUCUCUGUCUGUGAGCUCUAACGCGUUGCCAGUGAAGGACGGCGCUCCCCGCAGGUCUCUCAACCUGGAAGACUACAAGAAGAGGAGGGGGCUGAUUUGAUGUGGCAGCACCUCAUCGAGAACCCACAUUGCAUGUGUAAGCAAGAGUUUGUGUGUGUGUGAGUGAAAGUGAGAGACUGGGUGUUUGUAUGUAUGAGCAAGAGCGAGAAUGUGAAUGACUCCUGAAGGAUGUGUGUUCGAAUGAUGAUAAAAUAGACUGUUCAUCCAACACAAAGGAAAUACUGAUUAAACGGAGACAACAUUUUUCUCAAAGGAUCUUUCUCGGGAAAAAGAAAAAAGAAAACCUUGUCCAGUUAUGUUUGUUUUUUUUUGUUUUUUGUUUUUUUGUUCUUUUUGCAUUCACAGACAAACUUGUAUAUGGAGUUUGUUUGUGGGUUGUUUUUUUUUUUUAAUGUAUUUAACUUCUCUCCUACUCUUCUGGGUCUUCUGGAGUCAACUCCCUUUUUUUUUUUUUUUUUUUUUUUUUUUGUUAAAUUUUAAAAUUUUUCUUCAAGAGGACAAAGACAACAUGGCGCUUGUGGAUUAUUACCUUGAACAAGGAACCUAUCUUAGACAAUUUAGGUUGUUUAGGCAUUUUAAAGUCUAUGGACAUCUUCGAAUUUGACCAGCUUGUUCUCAUCAGUAAUAAAUUAAUAUAGUACAUUUUCCCCCUCUGUAUGUAUGAACAUCUGCACUUGCAGUCCAUCCUAAAUUUCAACAGCAUUGUGUUUAUUUGCAGAGUUUACACUAUCAUCAUCUCUGACUUAACCACAGUGUUGGCCCUUCAUGAAAAAUGUAAAGCGUUCAGUACAGGUCAGCUGGACAUCUGUCACUUUUUAAUCAACCUAAAUAAAGAGGAACUCUUUUGUAUGGCCGACCUCAUUCUAAGUGUUGCUUCAUUUUUGGUUUCCCUCGGUUGGUUGUUCAUGGGAUAACUCCCGUGCCCUCAACUCCCAGAGCAGAUUCUAUGUGUUAUUGAUUGUGUCCAUAGUCAGUUCCUGUUUUGAUGUGGCAUGCCAUGUAAAUAUGCAUUUUUGAGUGAGUGCGGAAAAAAAUAAAGGGGCACUGUUUCAUAACUUCUGUGUCAUU